UUGGCGGACGAAUGAUCAAAGAUACAGAAAUGGAGUUCCCCGAGUGCCCAGUUUGCCUGCAAACGUACGACGGCGAGUCCACAGUUCCUCGCGUUCUCUCUUGUGGCCAUUCAGCCUGCGGAACCUGCCUCGACAAUCUCCCUCAGCGAUACCCCGAAACCAUUCGAUGUCCCGCCUGCAACGUUCUCGUGAAAUAUCCCUCUCAAGGCGCUUCGGCUCUCCCCAAAAACAUCGACCUCCUCAGACUCUGCCCCCAACACAACGCCGGUCAGCAAAUAUCCAAAAAACCCAUCAAUCAAAACCACGAGAUGUUUCCUCAGCUCUGGUCUGAUGAAUUCUACAAAGCUUGGAAGCACUGGGUCCUGCCGCACGCCGCCGUUUCGAUCGAACGGGGAGAUGCUGACGACGGAGUUGAGCGACUGUUGCUCGGAAGAAUUGUUCCCAUUUCAGAUUCAGAUUCUUCUUUCCCGAUUAGGGUUGGAGAAGACCGAACUGUAAGUCUUGUUCGAGUCGUUUCGUUGCCUUGUUCUAAUAGUGAUCAUGUGUUUAAGCUUAGUUAUACUUCGAGGGUUCUGAAAUGCUUGAGCGAGUUGAAGGAUAGGGAGAGGGAUGAACUGGGUUUGAUUUUGGGAGCUGGUAUUAUGAAUGGUGGAAGAAUGUGUAGAACAUAUGGGUUAUGGGGUAAUUUGGAGGAUGGAUUUCUGUACUUAGUAUGUGAGAGACGCAAUGAUAACUUAGUGGAUAGGAUUAACAAUUGGAUUAAGAAACUUGAUAUCAGAAACAAGGUUGGCUUGAACAAAGAUGACUUAUGCAGUUUUGCCUUGAUUGCCACCGAGUUAUGUGAAGCAAUCAUCGCUAUGCAUUCUCUGAGGUUAAGUAUUGGCUUUCUUGGUCUUUCAUGUUUUAGUGUUGGUGAAUUUGGUUGUGUUUGUGUUGAUUUAAAUGGGGUUUUGACGAUGGGAAGAACUGUUCGAACAGCGGUGGAAGCUGUUUCUAUCGGAUCAAAACUCGAUACCAAGGAACUGGGAAUUAUUAUUAGUAAUCUGAUGAAGAAGGAGGCUUUUGUCAGCCCAGAGGUAUUACUCAAAUUACUGCGUAAAGAUGACGUUGUGCUGGAAUGUGGCACAACUCUAUGUUCGGUCGGGAACAAGUGCGAUAUUUGGUGUUUGGUGUUUGUUUUGCUGAGUCUUCUUCUUGGAAAGGAAUGCAUUGUGGUGAGUCUUGAAGAAAUUCAGUCUGAUUGCUCUGCCUUUUAUGGGAGUUGGGUGGAGAAAGUUAAUUCUUGUUUGAACACGAAGUUCGGUUCGGAGUAUUCAUCAUUGAAUCAGACACUCUGCCGUUCUUUAAGUUUUAAUCCCGAAAACCGUCCAUGUGUUGUUGAACUGUUGAGAUGCUUUAGGGAAUUGAUUGUUGUUUCUGAGUUGGAUGCUUUGGGCAGUUUGAAACUUGUAGUUAAUGAAUAUGGUGCUGAUCAUUGCUUGGUUCUGGGGGAUCUCAUUCAACUUCCCCACGAAUUGACUGAAACUCAGAGCGACGAUAUGGAUCGAAUUGGGGCGGAAAGAACAACGAAAGCUUUUGUUGAUGGGCUAUCAGCUGGAAUGGUGAAGUCCAGCGACAUGCUCGGCCAUCGUGAUAGCGUUACAAGUUUAGUAGUUGGUGGGGGUUAUCUGUUUAGCUCGUCAUAUGAUAAGACUGUCCAAGCAUGGUCUUUACAAGAUUUCUCUCAUGUACAUACAUUUAUCGGGCACGAGCAUCGUAUAACGGAUUUGGCAUAUAUCGAUGAAGAACAACCGUUGUGUGUAAGUGCUGAUAUUGGUGGUGGUAUAUAUGUCUGGAGCAUUGUUCUUCCUCUCAAGCAAGAUCCAUUAAAGAAAUGGUACGAGGAGAAGGAUUGGCGCUACGAUGGUAUUCAUGCGUUGGCCUACUCCGGAAAUGGGUGCCUUUAUACCGGUGGAGGCGAUAGAUCUGUUAAAGCAUGGUCAUUGAAGGAUGGAACCUUAUCUGGCUCCAUGUAUGGUCAUAAAUCAGUAGUUUCUGCUCUUCUGGCCAGUAAUGGCAUUCUUUACAGUGGCAGUUGGGAUGGAACUGUUCGGUUAUGGAGUCUUUCCGAUCGUAGUCAGUUGGCCGUGCUCGGGGAAGAAUCAACUGGAAGUUUGGGUUCUGUUCUGUGUCUUGCUGCUAACAUGGACAUACUUGUUGCAACUCAUGAAAAUGGAUCUAUAAAGCUUUGGAGGAACGAUGUAUUUAUGAAAACCAUGAAACUACACGAUGGUGCCAUAUUCGCCACCAGCAUGCUGGGGAAACAACUCGUCACCGGGGGUCGGGACAAGGCCAUAAAUGUACAGGAGUUAUUCGACAACGAGCUCGAGAUUGAUUGUAGACAUCUUGGAUCUAUCCCUUCAAAUUCUACAGUAACAGCAUUAUUGUGUUGGCAAGACAAACUUUAUGUUGGAUAUGCAGAUAGGUGCAUUAAGGUGUAUUAUUAUGGAAAAUGAUACCUAUUUCAACGGAUCUGCUGAGCAAAUUUCCAUGGCAGAAAAAAUUAGAAUAGCACUUCAAAAGGAGCUUCCAUAAGCGUCAUGUUGUAAUUAUUUUUAAUAACAAUUUGGUUAAAUUUAUUUUAUAAUGCUUUAUUUUAAA